CCCUUCCAUUUGUUCAAGUGCUCCUCAUCAUUCCUCUCCAAGCAACCAAGAUCGGAAGUCAUGGAGGCUACAUCGGAUUCUCGUAUUUACACAGAGGUCGAUCCCCAUUAUCAGUGGCUUCAAUGGGAGUUGUUCGACACCCUCCUCGUCGAUGUCUCAGGAUUCAAGAAGGAGAAAUUAAAGGUCCAAGUUCACACAUUAAGGAACCUGAGGAUCAGUGGUGAGCGCCCGUUGGAAGGCAAUCGAUGGUGCCGCUUCCUGAAGAGCUUCCAACUCCCAAAGGACUGCAAUGUGAGGAUGAUCGAAGCCAUGAUCGAAGAAGGAAUUCUCAGCGUGGUAGUGCCAAAGCCAAUGGCCAAAGACCACUUGUCGCAGCAAAGUUAUGGGCAUGCAUACAAAGAACAAGAUGCCAAUGAGAGGCAAUAUUGGAUACGUAAUAUUCUUGUGGCCAUCAUUCUUGUAGCAGGACUUGGGACAUAUGCAGGAUAUAAAUUGAGGUGGUCAUAAAAGAGACACAUAACAAAUGUAGUAUGUGUCAUAGAUGCAAAAGGAUGCUGCUAGAACUAAAUGUUAAGACCAUUGUCAAUAAACCAAUAUUUCAAUGAUAUUGUGUUCCAAUGUAUAUCUAGGAAACAAUCUCAGUAGAUUAAGAGCAAGCACCAGCAUUAGCACUAAGUUCGAUGACAUGAUUAUAAUUUAUAUAAUGGAAAGCAAAACAAAAUGUGGUGUCAAAAAUCUACUGAG